AUGACUACCAAGAUAGCCAACUGUCUGCACCAUACACCCAGCCGCAUUCAUAUUUGGAACAGUGACAACUUGCUCAUUGAUCAGCGAUCACAAGAGCCUUCAUUGGAGCAUCAUAGACCCAGGCAGGACUGCGCUUCUGGAAAUGCUGCAAUCCUCCAAAACGUCAAAGCCAUCGGCAAGCUAUUGGGUUCCCGCAGUUCGAGUAUGCUUGCAUGGGGGAAAGACCACGUUCCGCCGAAAAGAAUGCUGUCUGAAGAGCAAUGCGAGCUAUCAUAUGUUAACGAUAGUCCCCCCCUUAAUGUUCCCGAGUCGUCGAACGCAACGAGCAGACAACUACCGGAAAGCCUCAUGUGCGGGAACAAAAUGGAACAUCCUUCGAACCGGAUACAUUUCUCACGCAGCAAUGAUCGCUUGAAGGCCUGUACCUGUCCAUCUCCAGAGAAAGGUCCUCUUUGUGUAGCUCCGUCAGUUGUCACAACGAUCACUAGCGGUGACGUCGACUUUGCGGCUCAGAAGACAAGCCUACCUAGCAAAAUUAUGGAAUGGGCAAGUGGGCUAGAGAAGCAGGCUACAAAUAUACUACAAGGACCUUACACUCUAUACGUCGGCACAUUUACGACAAGCCCUGAUUUAAACACAUCGUCAAGUGAUGUUGGUCUGACAGGGGACGCUGGCGUUGACCAUAUCGCUACCACCUCGAACCCAAAAGAGACCGGCAUGGCUAUUGAGUACUCGUCUACAGUGAUGACAGAGGUGGAACUCGUUCCCGGGGCUACUGAAAAGACAAUCAUUCGGAGCCCUACUGUUUUUCAAACAUCCGAUAAUGACCCGAACUCUAGGGCCCCCAUGAUGUGCUCAACCGAGCAAGGGGACAGAGAUCGCAUCCACGUGCUAGAGGCAAAGAGAGAUGCCCUGGCUCGCCGUAAGGCAUCUAUAGAGAAGGCAAUAUACGAGUUAGAAUGGAAACCGCAGCAAUGUUCCCCUUACAACGCGAUUUCGAGAGAAGAGGUCAAGAAGACUACAACCAGUCUUAAAUCUGAGUUGGCUGAUAUCACGAAAGAGGAGCACGAUGUCGGGUUGACCCUUUACCGAGCGUUGAAAAGCCAUGACGAAUCUUCUGGUGGCAGUGGAAGUACCAGUCUGUGGUCAAGGAUAUAA